UGUAUCAUUGAUAAGAAUGAUAAUGCCCCUAAGAUUCUCUACCCAUCUUCAGACAAUGAAGGAUCAACAUUAUUUGAGUUUAUUCCUCACUCUGCUGAAAAAGGUUAUUUAGUGACCAAAGUGAUUGCAGUGGAUGCUGACUCUGGCCACAAUGCCUGGCUUUCAUAUCACUUACUCCAAGUUCCUGAUCCAUCUUUACUUAACAUCGGUCAAUACACUGGUGAAAUUAGACUAGGCAGAGACCUUCAGGAUAUUGAUUCUUUAAGACAAAAGAUUGUGGUUCUGGUGAAGGAUAAUGGAGUCCCCUCUUUAUCAGCUACUGCCACUUUGAAUUUACUUGUGGCCAAAAAUUUUCAACAAGUUGUACCAGAGAUAAAGCGAAAGCCAGCUAAUUCAGACGCUACAUCUAAUGUAACAUUCUACCUUGUUAUCGCUAUAACUUUUAUAUCAAUUUUAUUCAUUGUGAUAGUAUUGGCUGUAGUAGCUUUUAAGUGCAGAAAAAAUAGCUCCCCCACUUCCCUUGGAACUUUUGGAAGAAAUGUGUAUCCUCAGUUCACCCUGGGAUGUCCUUCUGAGAUCAGCGAUACAAGUCUACCCUUUCCAUUCUCCUAUGAUGUGUGUGUGACUCUUGACUCAAAGCAGAAUGAAAUUGCUUACCUCAAACCUCUCCAGAAUGUCCCCACAGACAAUCUCAUUGACACAGAUGACUCACAUUUUGAUAAUGUUGCACAG